GCCUUGUCCCUCAGCCUGCAGGAGAGCGAAGCUGCAUCCGCGGUGUCGUGGCAGUUAAGGGUUAAUUCUUCCCGCCCCUAGGCCCUUAAAGGGACGGUGACAGGCGCAGGAGUGUUCGGACACGUGGCUGUUAAAGAGGAGCUGGUCUCUGAGCGACAAGGCGGGGGCGAGCGGGCUGCGUGUGUGUCAAUGUCAGCGAGCGAGCGAGUGAGCCGGGAGGUGUGUGAAGGGCUCGCCUCGCUCCGUGACACCAGACACUGCUCAGUAUUUGCACCAGCCCGCCCCCACCCCCGGCUCUGGGUCUCAGGAUCCAGCAGACGCUGCGGAGGGUUUCAGAGACUCUCCCCAGAGGAAGAAGCCGGUGUCCGCAUCUCCGGCUAUUCUGCUUCGGUCCGAGACACGAUGACCUGGCUCUCAGCUGCUCUGCUGGCCCUGGCCCCAUGUGCCCUUUCCCAGGUGCAGCUGGAGGUGUCCGGCCCUGGGGUGGGGCAGGUCUCCGAGCCCCUCACACUCACCUGCGCGGUCUCGGAUGGCUCCGUCACUGCUGAUUAUUGGGAUUGGUACCGGCAGCUUCCCCGGGGAGCGCUGGACUGGCUGGGGGAGAUUGACUGGCACAACUCGCGGUGGCGCGUACGCUACGCCCCGUCUGUCCAAGGCCGAGUCACCCUCUCCGCCGAUUCCUCCAAGAACCAGUUCUCCCUGCAUCUCCGCUGGCUGACAGCUGCGGACACCGCCACCUAUUACUGCGCCCGGAGAGACACAGUGACACAGGGCUUGCUCCCCUCUGCGGGGGACAAGGUGGGGGAGCCCUUCUCUUUUACCGACCGACUUCUGCUGGAGACAGAGGGACAGAGAGAGACACACCCACAGAUCCACGAGAAGAUCUCACCUCACCCACCUUGGAUCUCCAAUAUCCCGGGCCGACAGGGACAGAACAACUCUGCAGAGUGA